GGUCUUUGUCUAGUUGAUCCAACCAAAGCUGAUGAUUGUAUUUUACCUGGAAUCAUCAUCAAACAAGUAAAUAGUGAAGCUUAAAUAAUAAACUCUUUUGUAUUUGUGUUUUUGCCAAUUUUUCUAUUCUGGUCUACAUAAAAAAAAAAUUCAUUGAAUCAUCCACAAUCGUAGUAAGCUGCUGACAGCCAUUUGAAAACUCUCUCACAGUAGGGGUGGGGAUGAAAAGCAUGAACCAAAACUGCAUAAAUUGACAUUGAUGAGACGGGAUUUGUUUUUUAGGGAAAAUCUAUCUUCUGUUUUGAUGUUUUUUCCAUGUUAAAAAUAUAGUUUAUAAAGUGUAACAUAUUUCAGUUUAAUAACAAAUAUUAUUUUCUUUUCAAGUUGAUCUUAUUGCACCAAAGGUUUGGUAACAGUGAAGCUUGUCUCAGCCUUUCAAGCUACUGUGGUGAUGAGAUGUUGGUAGAAGAAGAAACCUCUUGUAGUACUGGUACUCUAAUGUCAAGUCAAAGAUGGGAGAAUUUGUGUAAAAAAAAUCAGGUUUAUCAUCUAUUUAAAAAAAUAAUAAUUUUUUAACAUAUGAUUUUAUUUAAUAUAUUAUACCCAGGUACCAACAUUUGGAAUUAAUUAAUAACUUUUUUAAAGAAUAUUUUGCCUUUCCACCAUCAUAAAAUAUUAAUCAAGAAAUUUUACUUACUAUAAUAAUAAUGGUUGCAGUUGCAACAUCAAUGAAAAUGCGUUCACUCAAAUCACAUUUUAUUAUAUGUUAAUUUUCAUACAAGUAAAAACACAAUUUUUCUAUUAGCCAACUUUACAAGAUUGGAUUGAGUUUGAAAUGACUAUGGAUUCAUUCAGAGACAACACAUCACGAAACAAAAGGUAAUUUAUUCAAAGAAAUUAUAAAGUCAUGUUUCUUAAAAUUAUUCUGUGGAAUAAUCAUGUUCUUAAAACUGACUUUAAAUAAAGUUAGAGCAGAGUUAUUGCAAAUAAUUUUAAUUAUUAUUUGGAAUUAGAUUAUAAGAAAUUUGUUAAGAUGAAAAUAUAUACGGUACAAAUCAUUUACCUGCUUGUAAGUUAACAAUAGUUUGCUAGAUAUGAUGAUACUGGUACAAGAUAUUGCAUAAUUGGGUUGUGUAUAACACUUCUUGCACACUCUAGCCAUUCUAAUAGCAUCAUCUACAAGCAUUGUUGCGAUUUCAGAGCAACUGCAAUGUGGAAGAUGAGUUGUCAGUAUUUAAGAACUUCACAAGAUUCUGGCAGUGCAUCGAAGUGUUAUAGUGACUUUGUUCACAUCCUUGCCAAGCAUGGGACCAAACACUC